CCAGCAUUCGCCAUGAUGCGGCUGAGACUGUCCCUUCUAGAAAAAACCAAUAUAUUAACGACAUGUCUUCUUCACUCUUGCUAUUACUGUACUAUCUUUCACUGUUUGGCUUCGUCGACUUUCAGCGUAGCCAGUCAUUCAUUUGAACCUGUAUUGCGUGAUUAUUCUCUAAUAAUUUUCUAAUCAUGUUGCUGCUACCUCCUUCUCUUUUGGGAUGCCUUGCUCUUCUUACUGCUUUAUCCACCACAGCUCCAACAUGGCCUGCUGCCAUCGAUGAAUUGGAAGAUGUUAUGUUCCUUAACACUGGUUAUAAAAGUAGAGGAUUCUCGUCACAUAUCACCCCAUGUUCGUUUUCAGAAUUCGGAGCAGGACGUCAAACUGCAGCCGAAUGGCUUCGAAUCGGUUUUCACGAUAUGGCAACGGCAAACGUCUUUUUCGAACCAUAUGGUGGACUCGAUGGAUCUAUUGCAUUCGAAUUGCAACCAAACGGAGAAAAUAUUGGACCAGGUUUUGUCACGUCAUUAAAUACAUACUCCAACCAUUUCAACUCGCGCCUAUCAAUCGCCGACAUGAUAGCUCUCGGGGUUUACGCAUCUGUGCGUGGCUGUGGUGGUCCUGUAGUACCGAUGCGUGGUGGGAGAGUUGAUGUUACAGCCAAAGGGCCAAUUGGUGUACCACAACCCCAGAAUGGCCAAGGAUCUUUCGUCAAUCAGUUCGCUCGGAUGGGCUUUAGUAUUCCAGAUAUGGUUCAGAUGACGGCAUGUGGCCAUGCAAUCGGAGGAGUUCAUGCUGCAAACUUUCCGGAAAUUGUCACAGCUGGGACUGCACCAAAUGAUUACCAAUUAUUUGAUACCACGCUCCAAUUCGAUAACAAGAUUGCUGUACAAUAUGUCAGUGGUCCCAUCUCAGAUCCGCUUACCGUCGGGCCUUCAGUCGGGAACACCAGGAACUCCGACUUUGCUGUGUUUACAGCAGACCGAAAUGUUACCAUCAAAGCCAUGACAGAUGCUCAAGUUUUCAAUAAUGUGUGCUCUGCCAUUCUUGGGCGUAUGAUUGAUACAGUACCACCAACUGUGAUACUAUCAGAUGUCAUCACGCCAUACGAGGUAAAGCCAAGUGGAAUACAACUUACUUUGUUGGCUGAAGGUAAUGAUAUCAGAUUUUCUGGUGAUAUUCGGGUUAGGACUACCACGAGAACUGUCUCAAGUGUUACAAUAACCUACACAGAUAGAAAUGGCGGAAAUGGCGGCACUAUUACUACGACCCUCGGAGGGAGUGCGAACGGGUUUGAUGAUAGAUUUGCCGUAGGUCUAAAGAUGUUGGGACGGUUGAAGAUACUGACACUCUAAUUAGUUUCUUUCUUUCAGCUCGAACAUACCCGCUUCUUCCUCGAUAUCAUCUUUCACUGUGGCUGUAGCAGAAACUGGUGGGCUUACUACAACAUUUUCCAACAAUGGCGGUGGGUUUCCGAUCCAAGAUACGGUGAUAUUCCAAUCAUCCCAAAGUUGCUUCAGCAAUGGGAAUCUUACGGUGGUUGCAGCAGUAAAUUAUCCAAAUCUGAAAGUUCUACAGGAUAAAAUCGUUGACUAUCGCAGGUUCGCAGCACUUCAACUACCCCAGUCAAACUGAUAAUUACUCAAAAAGUACCGAGAGCGUCGGAUAUACCAAUACCUGCUCUGGUAAAUUCGACCGUAGUCAUGACAAAGGGUGCCACGGUUGGGCUUUUUGAUCUUUACAGUGCUAGUGCAACAAUUUCUUCGGCAGCGGGAACAAAGUUUGGCGUUUCAAAUGGGGCCUUUGCAGAUGAUUUCAAAGAUACAAGUGGACUUGGUGCGACGUGUCUUUCCAUAGACGCACCUGUACCAACCAGUACAUCUCCCACAAGCAUCGCAACGCCGAGCAGUAGCCGCUCAAGCAUAAUCGGCACAUCAACAUCUUCAUCAGCAACGCCAGUUCCUACGCUUGCGAGAAAGCCAACUGUUGGAGCAUAUACUUUUCAAGGAUGUUACACCGAAGGAACUGGGGCUCGAGCACUCACAGGAGCUUCAUUCUAUAAUUAUCCAUCGAUGACACUUGAAAGUUGUUCAAACGGUUGUGUCGGGUUUACAUACUUUGGCGUUGAAUAUGGAGGAGAAUGUCUCGUUUUUCCCAACCUUUUUAUCACAACAUCUUACUGACCAGGCUAAUAGGCUAUUGUGGGAACGUUCUUGAUGCUACCUCAACCCUUGCAACUUUAGGCGAUUGUGGAUUUACCUGCCCUGGAAAUCAGUAUGAAUAUUGCGGUAAGAAUUUACAUACUUUUAUCUGAUUCUUGAAGCUAAAUUGAGACAGGAGCUGGAAACAGACUUGAGCUUUACAAACUUACCAGUAUGGUAGCAAGUACGAGUAGCUCUAUAUCAAGUACUAAGUUUAGUUCAACCAGCUUAAGCUCGUCGAUUUCAACCUCGUCUCCAGCUCAAUCAUCUUCGGUAAUUUCUUCGACCAAAAGCUCUUCCACAGUUAGCGGUAGUUCAAGCGGAAUAGCUGUAUCUCCAUCCUCAUCCAAUGCUUCCUCAGUAUCUCGGAGCAUUACCACAUCAACUUCUUCCACCAUUCCAACAACCCCGACCUCAUCCCCAACCCUCCAUAUCGUUCCAUCCGUCGGUCUCUACAAUUACGCAGGCUGUUACACAGAACCCAGCAGCGUUCGAGCGCUCAGCUCAGCCUUCUACCCCACAGAUUCACAAACUGUAGAGCUUUGCGUAGCAGCUUGUUCCAAUACACCUUACAAAUUUGCAGGACUAGAAUACUCCAGAGAAUGCUGGUGUGCAGAUUCUUUUGGACCUGGAUCAACUCUCGUUUCCGAUAAUGAUUGCUCGAUGAGUUGUGCUGGAGAUAAGUUUGAGUACUGUGGUGGAGGGAACCGAUUAAGUGUUUACAUCAGGAAUGGUACGGAUGUGAAAGGCUUGAGCUCAUCAUCGCCAACGUCGAGUUCCUUAGCACUCCCAACCCUACCAUCGUCCUCGUCUCUGAGCCCAGCGGCCUACUCGCAAAUCCCUUCCACACCUUCUUCAUCAGCGCCCACAAAUCCGAUUCAGACAACCCCAGCCAUAAAACCAACGAUCAGCCUACCUACAAGCGACAACACCACUUUCACCUACCUAUCUUGCUACACGGAAGCUCCCUCAACCCGAACGCUCAACCAAGCAGCCUUUUACAAUUACACAUCCAUGACAUUAGAAAUGUGUGCGCAGAAUUGUGGGGGGUUCAAGUAUUGGGGAACGGAGUAUGGCGGAGAGUGUAUGUUUCCCGCCUUCUUUUUCUUCUCCUUUCAAAUGAUAGAUGAUAGAUUGCUAAUAUUUGCUCUUUUGAUAUGCAGGUUAUUGCGGUAACUCUCUUUCGACGGGAAGUUCUACUGUGAGAGAUGAGGAGUGCGGGUUCGUGUGUCCGGGUGAUGGGUUGGAGUUUUGUGGUGCGGGGAAUAGGUUGGGUGUUUAUUCUAGAGUCUAGAUUAUAGAUGGAGGGAUGGUGAGGGUUUAUUGUAGUUAUUCUUCUUACCCAUUUAUUAUUGCGAGGGAAUUAGAAGGGGAGUUGGGUAUUAUAAUUCGUAACUUUGGUUAUUACGAUGUGUAUUCAUUGUCUUUAGACAGAGUAAGUAGAUUAAACAAUAGGUUGCUUCCACAAGGCACAUUACCUCGGAC